AAAUAGUUGCAUAACUCCACGCACUCGCUACGGCAGGUGGCCCGCGUAUCCUCUUAGCCUUUUCUCAAAAUCGCAGAACGUGAAAUUUUCUGACAUGCCUUCGCCUUUCUCGCCAUAGAUUAUAUAUUCUCUUCAAGAGAGACAGCGAGAGAGGCAAUUGCGGAAAAGCGCCACCAUUGGUUUCCCCAUUUCCCUAUAUUCCCGUUACGACAAAGGCCGUUGCUCUCCUCUCUCUCUCUCUCUCUCUCCUCAUAGCUAGCUGUACCUCUGCGAUGUCGCCUCCGGCCGAUCCCAAAUCUAACAUUUCCUUCGCCGGAACGUUCGCCAGCAGCGCUUUCGCUGCUUGCUUCGCUGAGAUAUGUACCAUUCCUCUGGACACUGCUAAGGUUAGGCUUCAGCUUCAGAAGAAAGCAGUUGCUGGUGAUGCAGCAGCUUUACCCAAAUACAGGGGCAUGCUUGGGACAGUUGCCACCAUUGCUAGGGAGGAAGGUGCUUCGGCGCUCUGGAAAGGCAUUGUACCUGGAUUGCAUCGUCAGUGUCUAUUUGGAGGUUUACGAAUUGGGUUGUAUGAACCUGUUAAGAAUUUAUAUGUGGGUAGUGAUUUCGUUGGUGAUGUUCCUUUAUCCAAGAAAAUACUUGCUGGACUUACAACUGGUGCUCUAGCAAUUACAAUUGCUAAUCCGACUGAUCUUGUUAAAGUUCGACUUCAAGCUGAGGGAAAAUUGCCGCCUGGUGUACCAAGGCGUUAUUCUGGGGCAUUAAGUGCUUAUUCCACAAUCAUGAGACAGGAAGGACUUGGGGCUUUGUGGACUGGCCUUGGACCCAACAUAGCAAGGAAUGCUAUUAUAAAUGCUGCUGAACUGGCUAGUUAUGAUCAAGUCAAGCAGUCAAUUUUGAAGAUUCCAGGCUUCACAGAUAAUGUUUUCACCCACCUGCUAGCUGGCUUGGGAGCAGGUUUCUUUGCAGUUUGCAUUGGCUCCCCAGUUGAUGUGGUGAAGUCAAGAAUGAUGGGAGACUCUGCAUACAAAAGUACACUUGAUUGCUUCAUCAAGACCUUGAAGAAUGAUGGACCUUUUGCUUUCUAUAAGGGCUUUAUUCCAAAUUUUGGACGACUAGGAUCUUGGAAUGUGAUCAUGUUUUUAACCUUGGAGCAGGCUAAGAAAUUUGUUAGAAGUAUAGAAUCAGCUUGACUAGGAAGCAGAUGAUCGAAUCAACAGCAAAAUGGCUGGGCCGUCAUCUCUGCUUACAUUCGAAGUUAGAGAAGAAUAAAUCCAUUUUCCUCCUUUUGUUGAUAAAGAGCCCUGCCGGGGAAACAAUUGGAUACAAAUUUUUUACCCAGGAACUUGCUGUUUCUUAGCAAAAAAAAUUUCCCUUCUUGGGAUUAGGCUGCUAAACAUUUUCUCUGCUGGAAAAAAUAUGUUAGAUUGCCAUGAAAAUCCGGACCCUGUAGCAGUUUAAUUGUUCUUCUCCAUGCCGCGAUUUCAAAAAGGAAAAUUUUGAGGAUCUGUUGAAUAGCAUGGCUGUUUUAGAAAACGUGCAAAGGAGAGAGGCAAAGUUGUGAGAGCUCCAAAAUUAGUAGGGCACAGAAGCUUUCAUGCAUGACCAGGAAUGAUACAAUGGACGAUCUACUCUUAUUUUAUCUUGUCAAAAUUCUUGAAUCUAUGUAUGGGGAGUUCUCGGGUUUGGAUUUGUGUUAAAUUUGAAUAAGAUAUAAUAUAAAAUUAUAUUUAAAUUUA